GCGACGCUAAAAAAUUAUGAGUCGCCGGGAAAAGACAAUUUUUCCUGUGCUUUAAUUUUUAUAUAACGCAAGAAUUUUGUGAUCAAUGAAGAUUGGCUAAUUAUAUUUUAAACCAAAGAUGUCGAUGACUCCGAUGGGUAAUCUGCCUUAUUGCAAGGGUUUGUGGUCUGUGAUAUCUGGUACAACUUGUCGCUGUGAUAAGGAGCUUGUUGAGGAUGAAAUAAAAAAUGCAACUGAGCUCCUAAAAGAUGGAUUGUUUUAUUUCAAGCCCUACACCGAGGCAUCAUUGCAGUCAGUAUCAAAAACUAAUCCACCUCCCAAGAUGUAUGACUUGAUUUGCAAAUUAGCACCUCUUUUGAAUUUAGAUGCGACCAUAGCAUGGGAUCUCGUUUGCAACUAUAUGAUCUACGAGUACAGAAACUGUGCGGAAACGUUUGCCUCACAGCUAACAGACUUAACUUGUAUAAAAGCCCUGAUCGAGAACAUUUGGAGCUUCUAUUACACAGAGCGCAUUACCUUGAUUAAAUGCUUAAAGUUAAUGGUUGAGUAUCGCGAAAAUAAAAACCACCCAAAUCGACCACAAUUUGUCAAAUUUUUUGAUGAAAUACUCCUUGGCACUCUUUUGGAGUCAAUAAGAAAGCAGAUAGAGGCUCUUAAGUUUAUAAAUCCACCAGUAAGAUCUCAACUAUUUAGUGACGAGCUCCUCCAUCAGCUCUACAACAGCAGUCUGAUAGAGAUGCGCGAACUCUUACACGUUUUCACCGUAAUUUUGCAUGAGGUGCACAUUGCUGAGAAUGAAUUUGUCAACAUUUACGGCAGCAUCAGUGGCGAGCCGCGACGUCUCAUCAGCUCAAAGAGUCACGAGGAAAAAGAAACAAUUGACAAAAAAAUUCAGGAAAUUCAGUACAGUCAAACUGCGCUACUAAUCGUUGGUCUCGACAUGAUGAAGCACGCUGGCAUGGAGGACUGGAUCCGGGAGGUCCGGAGUAGUAUGCAAGAAAUCCUCGAGCAAAAGUGCUUGCGAGACUCGUUCCCGCAGGACGGACCCCUAUUCUUAGCUUGGAUGUUGGCAAACUAUAUUAUUGAUAUGGAUAACAGCGACGUUAUGAUGCGCUACAAGGCUUUUGGCAUUCGAGCUGUCCAGCUGAAUGUGUUUUACUAUCUUCAUGGGCUGCUGAACAGCGAAAUGAUUAAAGAAAAGACACAAUACGCCAUCACUGUAAGAGGAAGCAUACACAAUCUAUUGACCAUACUUUGCGCCUUUGUGGAUGAAGACAAGCUUGAUAUUUUUCCAGGCGUGUUUGAGGCGUGUGCCGCGACACUAAGUUUCCCAGAAAUUGCCGAACGCUUCUGGCAGGAAAAAGACGAGGAAGGCAGCGUCUGGUUUAUCGUGAAGUACGCGAUACAAUGGUUCCCGUCUCGCUUUCAACCUCUCACUUGCAUUCUAACAGGCUUGGCAAACGCCUCGGCUUCAAGUGCCGAAAAAACUGCAAAAAUGGUCGACAGCUUACCAUCUAUCACUCUUGAAAUAUCAAGGCGCAACUUCAUUCAUACCGAAUUACGACGUCGCCCUUACGAGUCGGAGUGCCUGGUUCACCCUAACACCUACGAAAUACCAAGGAACUGUGAGAUCGUUAAAUUGAACGCAUCCCAGCAGUCGAGAAACAAAAGAGGAAACGACGAGUACGAGAUCAUAAUGUUCAAAGCCAAGUCAUCCUACUGGAAUGCGUUCCAUCACAAAAUCGAGCUUUUAUUGUCGGAUGCCAGUGCUGGGAUUUCGCGAUUAAGCGAGAGCAACAAUCCGCUACCAGAAGAUGUAGCUCUGGGUUUCGGUUUUCUGGAGGCACUGCUGGCCACUGACAUUGAUAUCUCGACUAGCGUGGUCUUCCCAACAGAGUUGAGUUUCGAGGUCCUCAAUCGCUUUUCUUACCCGGUAUUGCCCAUCAAUGUGUACAAGGUAGUCACGGCUUGUAUCAAGGUCACGUCGAAACUUGUGUUACGCUACCCGGCAGACGUGUUGUCUCGCAUGCGCGCCGGCAUUUAUCCGCGUUUCGACAAUUGCUAUCAGGACGUGAGCGAGUUCGCUCAAGCAGUGUCUUUCGAUGGUGGCCUCAUAGCUUCGUGGCUGUCGAGUAUAGAAACGAUUCAGCACACCUAUCCCAUUCUCGACGCCUACCUGGACACUCUAUCGAAUUAUCUGAUAGUGCGCCACAGCAAGGAAGCUCUUCACACCGUCGAGAUACCCGGCAUGAUAAUGCUCUUGCAGAGCGUUCUGCCCAAACUCGAUUCUUGGUAUUUCAACUCGGAUCUUGAGAGGAUAGAUCUAUGGCUGAAGAGCAUGUAUUGUCUACAUCGGGCACUCGACGUCACGCCCGGUAGAAAAGACGAGUCGAGGAAUGAGCUGAGGAAAAUUGUUACUUACAAUCUAUUGCAUCUCGAACCGAGACAUGCUCUGCUAAAACUCGUGAGGACAGGGGAAGCGGUGCUCAGAAUUAAAAUGCUCAGCGAAACAGAUUGGAUAUCUGGCAAGGGCUUCAAGGUCAUGAAGAGCGUGCAGCUUGCUUUGUCGGUUGUAAACCGACUGCUCAUGUAUCGCAAAAAUCUUGGCAUGGGCAAAGAUCAGCGUACCCCGCUCGAAGCCGCCCUGUACGCCUCGCCGUCGUUGCCCAAUGCUUUACUCAUCGUGCCAACGAUCGUUGACUACCUCUACGUGUGGUUCAGCCCAGAACUUCAGGCAAUGGCAGUGCGUCUUCUGAAAAAGUUUGCCGAGGGCUUUUCCAUGUCGCUUCUCGUGUGCAUGGGCAUGGACGGUACUGCGAUUCGCGAGACUUUUGCCUCGCGCUUGAUGUCCCCGACCUGCGGCGUCGAGGUCAAGGUCGCUAUACUCGAGCUCGUCACCGUCUGCCUGGAUAAGCAACCGGGUCUGACCGAAGCCCUGUUCAACAUAAUGCACCAGGCGGAGCGCCGACGGAUAUUCCCACGACCGGCCGACGAGUUCCUUACCGAGGGCUGCACUCGUUUUCUCGAUCUAUACCUCGAACGUACGCUCAAAGAGGAUGAUAUCGUUUACGAUCGGUUGUACGACAGCACCAUGAAUUUGUUGCGUGCAAUGUGGUACCACCGCAACGAGAUUCUCGUCAAUUUCUUUCGCAAGCGACCCCAAUUCUGGAGCAAGCUGUUUACACCGUUGUUUCGCAAACUGAUCCUCAAGCCAGAAAUUCGAGGAUAUUCGCAGCUAUUGGAUAUCAUAACGCUGGAGCUGUUCAAGAGCGCACAGCUAGAACAGGAAUUUACGAAGAAUUUGGAGAAGCUGCUUGAUGAAAAUGCUGAUCACUGGAAUACAUUGACCCGAUACGUUUUUGAGACCGUGCCGCCGCCACUGACCGAGGAGCAGCAAAAGCAGGAAGAUCCCGAUGAAGAUGAGGAACAAGUGAUUUCUGAAAGGGAAGUUGGAAUCAGACCUUUGUACGAGAAUAACUUGGAGUCCUGGUAUCAGCUGUUGGUUGUUAUCACUAGGGUGCGCACCAGUCGGAACUAUUCGAUCGGUCCGAAACAAGUACAGCUGACGACUCGCUUGGCCUUGGAUCAACUGUUGAUGAGAUUAACACAGCAGCCACCCACGUCGAAGCGUUUGCGAUUCACGGAAGCCAAACUGAUAAUGCUGCUGUCUUCCAUAACCCUGCGCUGUAUGACAUCCUGGCGGGCUCUAUGUGUGGGCGAGCUGAAUUCUGGGGAGGAUCUAAAGAACAAACUGCUCAAGGUGAUGCAAGAUAUCGUCUCAUACUACCAGUGUUAUGGCAAACCCUUGCGACAAACGCUCGUAGCUCUGAUUCUGGAAUGGCUUGAACUCGUCCAAGUACAAUUGACAGGAGACGAGCUAGUGCUGGAGUACUUGUUGAGUCAAGCGUGUACGCUAGCGUCGAGUGAUAUUGAAGAGCUGCGCAAAGCAGCCCACGCUAGAGACAAGAAACGCAAACCGGUCAGCGACACCGAGGAAGAAUAUCGCCGCGAAGCUGAAGAAACUUUAGGCAUCACCCAGUGUUUGCCUGCUACUUUGACGACUAGUCUUGUUACUCGGUUGCUCAAGUACAAGAUCAACCAGGGCAGCAUGGAUUCUGGAAAAAAGAUGAGCGCGUGCUAUCAGCUAAGACACCUUGUGCCCGAGCUCAUUGGUUGCGCGGGUGUUACGUUGCAAAAACAUCCGUAUGCCAAAUUUAGCAAAGCUGCAUUGAUGUUGCUCAGUGCCAUAGCCAGGUCGCUGUACGAGUCUUUGCCCGUUAGCGAGGAAGACGUGUCGAAAUUGUGGUUGGCUCUUGUACCACCAAAGGAUAUUAAGGGUAGCUUGCAGAGUUGUUUGUAUGAGAAAUGCAUGUAUGUGUCCUACGACAAUACGGUAAACUUGCUACUACGUCCACGAAUUCUCAAAUUCAUCAUUGACGGAAUCAGCGUGGAGAGCGCUGAGGAGCUCAAAAGCUGCGACGAACGACAGCUCAGCACUGAGCUGUGCCUUCUCGUCAAUAAGCUCAUACUUAUCAACACUUGCUGCGCCCAGACGUUCGUCCGUCUCUCACCAAGACUCUAUGCCCUUUUCGAUACAAUAUGCGUGGAAAACGAUUUCUGGUACGCCCCGAUGGCCGAAAUGAACUUUGGUCCCCCUCAAAUGUCAAUAACUUCAGCCGCACGGCUCACCUAUGGCACGAUAAUCAGCUCGACGCAACUUUUUACCCAGGCUCAGUGGUACACUUUCCGUAGAUCCAAUAGCACUUUCCACGGUUCGUUUCAGAGAAGAUCAACCCGUGGCUGCUCGCCAUCCAGCGGCUCCAUCCGUGCCAGCUUGGACGGCGAGGGUACAGACUCGGCCCGACGCGAGUGGGAGCGCGCCACCCCGGACAAUCUGCGGCGUAUGCAGACCAAGGACUUGCGCAAAAUUUUACAUACAAGUACUUCGACAUCGUUGUCGUCGUCCGGUCUCGGACUGUCAGUACUGGCAAGUGCGUCGUCCACAUCGCUGCGCAGUACGCCACGGCUCAUAAAGAGGCCUUUCGAUCCUCUCAUCUGUGAAAACAUGAUUCUGUCAAGAGCGACAGCACUAGUACCGUUGCCCAGCAGAUCGGGCGUAUCACAUGGCAGCAGUCCGAGCGCGCAGACGAGCACCUCCGUAGGCGACGGUAAAGCGCGUAGUCCGUCAAGGGAAGCCGGUGUCAACGGUGGCUCAGAGAGCAACAGAGAUCCGUGGUUCGACUCGAUGGAAGAAAAUAACACGAGGCUCGCCCUCGAGGUCAAUCUAAUGCUGAUCUUGUGCCAAGUGCUUGAAGGCGCGAGGAGUUCGAGAUUAACUGUGCGAGAUAGGCAGCUUAUCGUACGUGAGGCGGCUACGGAACUCGGCGUUUUCUUUGAUUUUCUGGAGUACCUAGGACAGCAGCUUUCCGAGUGGCCAGCCGAGGCGAGUUUGAUCAAUCCCGAGUAUGGAGAAACAAGACUCGUUGAGACUCCUAGAGACGCGAAUCAAAAACUACCUGCCAGGUUAAAAGAAGAUACGACGUAUCAAAAAAUCCCGUUGGGCUCGUUUGUCGACAUAGAGACCGAUGAGCUGGAGAAAAGAUCGAAUAGUGACAUUGUAACGACGGGAGGAUUCAAUGUUGGCGCAGAUACAGGCAAACUCCUGCCAUUACUCGGCAAACUACUCAAAUCGGUUGUUGAAUCUCUGGACUCUACACAAUUUGGAGGAUGAGAAAUCAAUUGGCGAGAGUACUUUACUGCUGGAGUGAAUACAACAUGUUUCUUUAGUGGUAUGAAAGUUAUGGUAAUAGUGACUAAAACAUUAAAACAUUUUUUGACGGUAAGCGGACGACACAAUAUAGCAAGGAGUGAAUUGAUGAAAAAUAUAUACUUUUCUACGUACUUUUGUCGAAUCAUUAUUUUAUUUUUUAUUUUUUUUUUAUUUAUUUAAGAAUGAUCGAUUUCCAUUAAUGUUCAGUGUCUCAUUACUGGCUAUUCAUUUUUGAAUUUUUUAAACGUGUGUAAAAAUAUAAAUGUACUUUUUUAAUUAAAAUGAUACAAUAGACUACAUUUUUACAAUGACUUUAGUGCAGGCUAAUAAUGUAAAAAAACCUAAUGAAUUGUAUUUUUAUAAACUGUAAAUAAAAAUACAUAAGUUAAAAAUAAAACUUCUGUACUUAUUAUGUUUGUCAAUUACUAUUGUAAAAUACUUUUGUCAAUAAAUCAUUUUUUCACGAAAAAGUAAUCUUUAUGUUUUUUUGUCGUAAAAUCA